GCCAUAUAAGGAUUGUUCAGGGGGCGGGGCCUGCAGCGCCGCGGCUCAGGCCGUGCGGUGCGGAGCGGACGCAGCCGCCGCUGCCAAGCGGCCCCCGCGGCCCUAGUGCCCGCCCGCCGGACCCCGCCGCCGCCCCAGCCCAGAUCUGCACAAGAUCCAAGAUCCGGGACCAUGGCAUCCAUCCCGUCGAGCGGCUCGCUCAUGGCCACACACAACUACUACAGAAGGCGCCUGAGCUCCACAUCCAGCAACAGCUCCUGCAGCAGCUCUGAGUACUCAGGGGAGGUCAUCCCCCACCCCCCAGGUCUGCCCAAAUCUGAUCCCGGUCACUGGUGGGCCAGCUUCUUCUUUGGGAAGGUGACUCACCCAGCCAUGACAACCGUGUCGGAGUCCCCAGAGAGCCUGGGAGCACUGCGGGUGACAACAGGACCGGUGGCUUGUGGCCUGGGGCCAGCCCCAGAAGCAGGACGGAGGCGCCACAUGAGUGAGCCCAGCUCCGGACCCUCGGCGUGAGCGGGUCGGUGCUGGGUGCUGCCCCCACACCGGCGGGCACAUCCCCUUUCCCCCCAUAGAGUAGGAUGGCUUCUGCAAGGCAAAGGUGCUGCUUUGUGAUGGUAAAACGCAACAACCCCCCGAGGAUUCCCACACCAGCCUUUCUACUCCUCAACAUGAUGCCCUUUCCCACACAGAUGUGGUAACUUGUUUUACUUACCUUGCACUCACACAAUGGCAACUAAUAAACUUGAGCAGCCUUUUAAA